AUGCGCCCUUCAACCGUUCUCAGCGCAACAGCGCUUUUCCCCCUCGCAAUGAGCGCCUGCGAGCGCGAAUUCCUCGCGGCAUUCACAUCCCUCUACCUCUCUGCGCAAACCAUCGGCAACUCCACGCUCCUUACAAACUACAUGCUCCAAAACUUCACCUACACCGAGAACUUCAAGCCCGCGAAUCUCUCCGCCGCAACAUCCAUCAUCAACACGCCCCUCAACAGCACCAACUCGCGCGUCUUCCUAGACCCGUAUCUCUGCAGCGCGUUCACCGAGAUCAUCGUGGCAGAGUCAAGCCACCCGUAUGUUCUCGGUGUGCGCGUAGAGGGCAAUGGGAAGUUUGUAACCAAGAUGGAGACGCUGGUUAGUGAUGAGGGGGAUUGGCUGUUCAAUGCUACGGGUACGGCGUACUGGAAUGCGAUGCAGGAUUGGUCGCCUAUUCCGCUUGCGGAUCAGGAUACCCGCGAGGUUAUCAAGGCGGCUGGCGAUGCGUACUUCGACCGCUUUGGCAAUGUCAAUGUUACUAUUCCGUUUGGCUCGAGGGAGGUGCGUAUACUGAUACGAGUAUGA